CCUGGAACUGCUCCCCGGGGUUCUCGCCUUGGGGGCGUUCCAGAUGAAUCACGUCUGGGCCGUGACUUUCAAGUCACCGGAGGGUAAGCGGAAGACCCUUGCGGCGGGUGACCUCGUCGUCAAGGGCCGACGAUGCAUCGUUGUCGACCCGGGCAACCGCGACAUCCGCGUCAAGCUCCACUGGCUCCUGUAUCACGUCCCCGACGACGAGGUGAAAGCCGCACUGGCCCCUUACGGCACGGUGACCGAAAUGGGAACCGAGAAGUGGCGGGUGCAGGGAGUCAUGGACUGCGGGUCAAUGACGCGCACGGCUGUCAUCCGGCUUAACCCUGGGCUCGGGUUGGACAAACUGCCGCAUCAGCUGCGUAUUGCCGGAGGGCAGGUGCUCGUCGUGGCGCCGGGCAGGGCACCACUCUGCCUGCGCUGCGAGCGGACCGGCCAUAUCCGCCGCGAUUGCCGGGCGCCGAAGUGCCAGUCCUGCCAUCGGAUUGGUCACGACGCCGCCCACUGCGUCAAGACCUACGCUGCGGCAACGGGCCCCGGAGCUGGUCAGGCCAACGCUGACCACCUCAUGGACGAGGCGGAUGCGGAGGAGACAAUCAAGGGAGCUGGUCCUUCUACCGGGACGCCUGUGAGCGGAACCUCCCAGCAAGUUGACCCACCCGGGUUGGAGCACCCGCUCAAGACGACUGACGCCGCCACCUCUGCCAAUCUUGCCGUGGCGUCAGCCAGGAAGGACAAGGCGACGACAGGGAGGGACGAAGUGUCAACGAAAGGGGCGCCAAUGAAAGCGACUGAGGGACAGCAAGGCAACGAAGUCAACAUGGUCGACGCUAGUACUGACGAAUGA